AUGAAUUAUUUGCGUCGGCGUCUCUCGGACAGCACGUUCAUCUCCAACCUGCCAAAUGGCUACAUGACAGACCUCCAGAGGCCUGACCCUACUCAGCCUCCUCCACCUGCCUCCAAUACCCCUGCCAAGUCUCCUACAGCAGGGCCUACACCUCCAGCCACUUCGCCGGCUCCAGAGAGGAAACCUCAGUCAUCUCAGUCAUCCGGAGCUGGUUUCUUUAGCUCCAUCACCAACGUUGUUAAGCAGACAGCUGCCUCAGCUGGGCUAGUGGAGCAGACCCAAGUCACGACACCUAAGAAGUUCAAGAUUCUCUUGGUCAUCGAUGAACCACAGCAGGAGUGGGCAAAGUUAUUCCGGGGAAAGAAAAUACUCGGGGAUUAUGAUAUCAAAGUGGAGCAGGCUGAAUUCAGUGAGAUCAACGUUAUGGCUCAUGCCAACGGGACCUGCAACGUUAACAUGCAGGUUUACAGGAACGGUACCAAGGUUGUCAGGUCAUUCAAGCCAGACUUCGUCCUCAUUCGUCAACAUGCCUUCAGUAUGACCCAGAAUGAAGAUUUUCGCAACCUGGUCAUUGGUCUGCAGUACGGAGGUGUCCCAAGCAUCAACUCCCUUGACUCCAUCUACAACCUUUGUGAUAAGCCGUGGGCGUUUGCCCAACUUAUCAACACCCACAGGAAGCUGGGUGCUGAGAAGUUCCCUCUGAUCGAGCAGACGUUUUAUCCAAACUACAAGGAGAUGGUAAGCAUGCCAUCAUUCCCUGUUGUUGUGAAGAUUGGACAUGCCCACUCCGGUAUUGGAAAGGUGAAGGUGGACAAUCACAGUAAGUUCCAGGACAUAGCCAGUGUCGUGGCUCUCACCCAGACGUACACCACCACAGAGCCUCUCAUUGACUCAAAGUACGACAUCAGAAUCCAGAAGAUUGGCAAUGACUACAAAGCCUACAUGAGAACAUCUAUAUCUGGUAAUUGGAAGACCAACACAGGCUCAGCUAUGCUUGAACAGGUGGCAAUGACUGACAGGUACAAGCUGUGGGUUGACACCUGCUCAGAGAUCUUUGGAGGUCUGGAGAUUUGUGCAGUCAAAGCCAUCCAUGGAAAAGAUGGUAAAGAUUACAUCACAGAGGUGGUUGGCUCAGCCAUGCCCCUGGUAGGGGAGCACCAGGCCGAGGACAGGCAGCUCAUUGCUGACAUGGUACUAGCCAAAAUGAACGAGUCAGCAGAGAAGGAAGCCAACACUCCUCAGAGACCCACCACCAUACAACCAUCCCAGGGUUCUGGCCAGAAGGGAGAGAUUGCCGGUGAUCCCAUUAAGAAUGGUGUUGGACGCCCACCUCAAGGUUGUCUGCAGUACAUUCUCGACUGUAAUGGCGUUGCAGUGAGUCCAAAACCAGUCCAGGCUAACUGAGUCACCCAGGGGAAAGGGGACAGUCGGUCUCAGAGUCUUGAUAACAAUGACUUACCUUAGCUGAACACAAGAGCACACGUGUGUGUGGAAGCCGAUAGCAAGAAUCCAAUCUCGGUGACGU